AUGGUCACGUUGAUGCGGAUCCCAAGGGGGUUAAGAAACAAGGCGGCGACUCAUACCAAUGAUAGGGGACGUGAAGGUGACGAAGGUCAAGACUAUGGCUACAACUUCACCAACCACCGUCGUCGAUCCAACAGUAGCACUCAAGCUCUGGGCGACUUCAAGACCAAAUUCGAAACUGUCGAGGCUGAUCCUGUCUUUGAGGAAGAGUUGCAUGGGCCAACCGACGAUGAUCUCGAAAAGGCUUCUACCUUGUCCAAGGAAGAAAGCACUGAUACCAGCACUCUGGGAGGAAGUCUCGAUGAAGAUGACAAAAAGAUGUAA